AGGCUCUAAGGCUCUAAGGCUUCAACUCCACCACAAUGGCAGAAACACAACAAGCUUCUCCCCUAAUCACCAUUCUACCGAGUCCAGGACUCGGUCACCUCAUCCCUCUCACCCAGUUCGCCAGGCAACUCGUUGAUUUCCACAACUUCUCUGUCACCUUCAUUAUCUCAACUGAUGGUACUGUCUCUAAAGCUGAAAAAUCUGUCUUAGAUUCUCUCCCCAAAUCCAUAACCUCCAUUGUCCUCCCUCCGGUGAACUUCGAUGACCUUCCCAAAGAUGUUAAGAUCGAAACCCGUCUCUCACUCACCAUGAUCCGUUCUCUCCCUUCUCUUAGGGAAACAUUGAAGGUCUUAACAGCUACUAAUUGUGUUUCUGCCUUGGUUGUUGAUCUCUUUGGCAUCGAAGCCAUGGAUGUUGCUAAAGAAUUCAAUGUUUCUCCUUACAUCUUCUACCCUACCACAGCUAUGUGUUUGUCAUUAUUCCUUCAUUUGCCUAAACUUGAUGAGAUGUUUUCUUGUGAAUAUAGAGACAUGCCUGAACCAGUUCAAUUGCCCGGUUGUGUGCCUCUUUAUGGAGGAGAGUUCUUGGACCCAGCCCAAGAUAGGACUAAUGAGGCCUACAAGGGGCUUCUACACAAUUGCAAGCUCUAUAGAUCAGCUGAGGGUAUCUUGGUUAACACCUUUGUAGCCAUGGAAUCAAGUUCCAUUAAGGCAUUCAAGGAAGGUGUAGACCCAACAAUACCACCGGUCUACCCGAUUGGACCACUCAUUCAGAACAGCUCAAGGGGGUCAGCCGGGGAAUCAGAGUGCUUGAAGUGGUUGGAUGAUCAGCCAAGUGGGUCUGUUCUAUAUGUUUCUUUCGGUACCGGUGGGGCCCUCUCACCGGAACAGUUCAAUGAAUUGGCCUUAGGAUUGGAGCUAAGUGAGCAAAAAUUUUUGUGGGUUGUUAAGAGCCCUACUCUAACAGCAGCAGAUGCCAAUUACUUUACUUCCCAAAACAUUGAUGAUCCUCUUGCAUUCUUGCCCAAAGGUUUCUUGGAGAGGACCAAAGGGCAAGGCAUGAUGGUCUCCAACUGGGCCCCACAGAUUCAAGUGCUGAGUCACGGUUCGACCGGAGGGUUCCUAACCCAUUGCGGUUGGAACUCAACCUUAGAGAGUGUGGCACACGGUGUGCCCUUGAUCGCGUGGCCACUCUACGCCGAACAAAAGAUGAAUGCAAAGAUGCUAGCAGAGGAAGGUAUGAAGAUUGCAUUGAGGCCCAAAGCAGGAGAAGAUGGAAUAAUCGGGCGAGUAGAGAUUGCGACAAUGCUGAGAAGCUUGAUGGAGGGUGAAGAAGGGAAGAAGAUGAGGAAUAGAAUGAGAUUGCUGAAAGAGGCAGCUUCCAUGGUAUUGAGUGAAGAUGGGUCUUCAAGAAAGGCACUAUCAGAAGUUGCAGACAAAUGGAAGGCCAAAGUGAGCAUGUGAAGGGGAAAUGCUUGAAGCAU